CACUCUGCCCACUUGAUCAAUUUUGACCUUUUCCUUUCAAUUCCCCUUAUUGCUCUCCACAAAACCAAAACCCUAAAUUCUCAACCUUUGCCCUCAGUCAUGGAUUCCCUGAAGAAAAAGGAGAAGAAAAACCUGCUCACCACAAAAGAGCAGGCUUGCACUAGACAGUUUUGCUUCUUUUGUACCAUGAAAGAGCCAAACUCCUUCAAGAGAAGAGCUGGAAUAUCAGCCUGUUUCAAGGAACUACCUCACAGGGAAGACCAAGGAAAUGUUCUAGUGCUAAGCAGCCUAUGGAAUGCUGCUAUGGCUCACCCUGAAGACCCAGAGUUCCCAUCCCUUGGAAUCUUUGAGUGCAUGGUACGGUUUAUCCACAAAGGCAUCAACAACAAGAGUAAUACUUGGCUUCAGAGGGACCAAAACAUCUACAUCCCUUACUAUGCAGCUCAUGUCAUUGGUUCUUACACCAUGAACAAGGCUGAGUUCGCUGAAAAGGCAGUGGCAUCAGGCGUGAUUCCACCGCUUUUGGAGCUCCUCAGAGGGAAGAUGAGUUGGGUCGAGCAAAGAGUUGCGGUUCGAGCGCUAGGUCACCUUGCAAGCUACGAGAGUACAUUCGAAGCUGUGGCGGAGUACGAAGAAGAGGUGGUGAGAUUAGCCAUGAAAUUAGCCUCUACAUGUCUUGAUGCGGUGUAUGUUAGUUUUGUGGGGGUGAAAGAUGAGAGAAAAAGACAGAAAUACCAUUGUGAUUUGCUCACAAGAGGUGUUGGGGGAUUUGAAAUGGAGAACCGCAAGGCAGAAGAAUGGGCUAGUCAGCUUCAGUGUUGGUGUCUCUAUAUCUUAAAUUGUUUUGCUUGCAAAGAGAGGUCUUUGAAUCUCAUUUGUAAUGGGGAUUUUUUAAAACAGUUGUGUGGAAUGUGGGGUGGAUUAGCCAAUCAAUCUUCACCAGCUGGCGUUGGACUUGUUAGGAUUUUGUGCUAUGGUAAAUAUGGAAGGAAAAAAAUUGCUGAAUCAAAGGAAGCUAUUGAGAGCCUGUGUAAUCUCUCAAGGUCUUCAGAUGAUUGGCAGUACAUGGGGAUCGACUGCCUCUUGUUGCUUCUCAAAGACCCGAAUACGAGGUACAAAGUUAUUAAUAUGGCCGCCUCGUUUCUUAUAGAUUUGGUUGAACUCAAAAGCCUUGGAGAUAGAUCAAACGUAGGUGAAGCAAUCACAAAAGCACUUCUUCUAAACAAGUUGAACAAGAACAGAAGAAUUGAAAAAUAUUUGGAAGAGGUUUGGAAUUUGAAGGUAGAGAGGAGAAGGAAGGAGAGAGUGUUGUCUCAAGAAAAAAAUGAGGAAAGUAGGGUUUUGGUGGAUUUAAUUAAACAAGAAGCAAAUCAUAUGGUUUGUAUGGGAGAAAUAGAGGGAGCUAUAAUUAAGUAUUCUGAAGCAUUAGAAAUGUGCCCAUUAGGGUUGAGAAAAGAUAGAAUGGUGCUUUAUAGCAAUAGAGCUCAGUGUCAGUUGCUUAUUGGAAAAGCAGAUGCCGCCAUUAGAGACUCGACAAGAGCUCUCUGCUUGUCAAGUCCGGUGAAUUCUCACAGCAGAAGUCUUUGGAGAAGAUCACAGGCUUAUGACAUGAAAGGAUUGGCCAAAGAAAGCAUGAUGGACUGUUUGAUGUUCAUCAAUGGCUGCAUCAAGUCUGGGAGCAGAAAACGGAUGAAGGUUCCAUACUAUGCCGCACGUAUGAUCAACAAACAGAUGGACGCCACUUGGCUCUUCGCCACUGCCAGGUCAAAGAUGGCAACAAGUGAUGAUCAAGACUUUCAAGCGACGAAAGAAGUACAAGUGUCGGAAGGUAGGGUUAACUUAUACGAGAGUGGCAACGACAAGCAAGAUUACCAUGAUGAAAUGAGGAGAAUUAUGAUGGAGAAGAAAGGUCUGUCCACCAUUUUAGAAGAACCUUUAAUUCAACCAGAGGAAGAGAGUAGGAGAAAGAUGGAAAGGACGAAAAAGAUGUAAGCUUUGGUCGUGGCUUGAUCAGUGUAAGUUUUCGUGAUGGGUCAUUGGAAAUCAGUAGUGAUGCAAACUUAUAACCACAAGAAUUAACGAUAUGUUCUAGUUGAAUUUAGGGUUUAUGCAGUUGAAACUGUGUCCUUUUUAAAGCUAUAUACUACUGCAUGCGUUAAUUUAUUCUUCACGAUCAGCUUAGUAUUAUCUUUAGGUUAAGCAUUUUCUUGGUCAAUUAGAAUUUAGAGAGCUAGUUAAGCGCAACAAAAUUUCUAAUUUGAUGAUCUAAUUAAAACAUACUUUGUGUCUGGUAGUUAAUCCAGACAAUAGUACUGAAGUGCAUUUAUAUGUAUGUACUGUUAGAAUAUAUGGGGAAGGUGGAGAGGACCACUUAGGCACAUCGAUUAAACAAAAUUUUCCAUUGAAGAGAAGGACGAAAUGAAAAGGUAAAAAGGUGUA